CAAUUCCGAACGAAACAAAGCCAAUCCAUGUGGCUCUGAAUUUUUUCCUUAAAAUUCAUUAAUUUGUGUUAAUUUUCGUGAAAUAAUUGUCAAUUAAACGUAAAAACUUAUAAUUUACGAGAUGAAACGUAAAUCAGAUGUUCUUUCCAGUCCAAAUAAACGGCCAAAAAUCGAAAAUGAGUUGUUCGAUCUCCCAAGCCAAAUCUUGGAGAAAAUCCUGACAAACCUGACGCCAAAACAACGUCGUACCUUGAUGGCGAUCAACAAAAGCUGGUCCAACUUUUGCUCGGAAAAGUUUCCCAAGGACAGUUGUCUCGUGUUUCACGAAAAAACCGAUUUUUCCUACAACGGUGCAUUGUACCAGAGUUUCUCGAAAUGCCGAGUCAUGCGAACUUUCAAGCAUCUCUUGAUCGAGUCGCUUCCAAUUUACGCUCCCGGUUUCGAAGCUCUUUGUCGCUUGAUCAACCUCGACGACUUCGGACCGAAAAUUCUGGAUCUCAAAAUUAUGGAAAUGGCUUCGUAUCCAGGCAUUGACGAAAAUUGGUGCAACAAAAUUUACGCCAUGAUGCCCAAUUUGCAGACCUUGGAAAUCGCUCACGAAGAACUUCUCGGCGAUUUGACGAAUUUGGACAACUGUCAGUCCAUCAAAUUGCAUGGAGUGAUGCAAGACAUGCAAAAACUCGGGGAAAUUCGGAAAAUGAAGAAGCUCAAGUCGUUCGUGUGUGGCUCAAUUGAAGUCCAUGCCAACUUUAGAGACUUCGAUGUGGGAUUUAUGAGCGUCAAAUUGAAAAAGUUGCUGAAAGAUUUGUUGGGCAACGCGGAAAACGGUCGAUUUGUUCAGUUAAAGUCCGAUUUCAACUUCAAAAAUUGUCGUUCCAAGUUGACUCCUGAAUCAAUUACCGAAAUGAAGUUCAAAAAUGGCAUCAGUAGUGCACAUUUUAAUCCUUGGGUCUUGUUGCAAUUCCCGAAUUUGAAGACCUUGAAAAUUAGAUCGGUGCAAAUCCCAGACGAGGAUGAUGAGCUCUACUUGAUGUUCCUUGGAGUCACAAAACUCGAACUAAGCGAUGUUGUGAUCGAUUUUCGUUUCACGAACAACACCACAAACUUUUUUCGCAAAUUCCCAGAUUUGGAAUAUUUGAAAUUGACCGGAUUUCGUCUCGAAAACGAGGAUUUUGAAGAAAUUUGUGAACAUAUGCCGAAACUUAAGGAGCUGGUAUUGCUCAAUGGAAGGAGUGGCAAUGAGAUCAACCCUCGCACAAUUAUGAAUCACGUCAAAAAACUGACAGAUUUGGAAAAGCUGGUCAUUGAAACGCGCGAAGAAGAUGUCCUCGAAGACUUUUUCAUGCCUUACCUGCCAAAAUUACGGGAAUUGUCGUUAACUGGGGACUGUUUUAAUAUUACGGACGAAGAUUGGAUCCCGAUGAUCCUCUGGAACCAACUCUACAAGUUGACAAUCAACACAAACGGCGUUUUUUGUUCCAACUGGGCUUUUCCGUUCUUCGACGAGACUCAUUUCACCCAUCUUACCCUUCCAGGAGAAGGCAAGAGGUUUGAUUACCGAGCCGAAGACUAUUUCGAGAGUGGUGUUCCGAAUUUCAGAUUGUCCGAGGAUAUCGCGUGCAAUUGUUACUACUUGCAAGAACUCACAAUCGAGGACGACGUUGGAUUUUCGCUGGCACAAGAGUUAAAAAUGUUCCGGUAUUUGCCGGAACUUGAGAAAAUUACGUGCUUAAUCAACUCGGAAGAGUACAAGGUCACACGUGUCAUGGAACGAAAGGAUUUUUUGGAUCUCAAGAGAUAUUUGAAGAAAAAUAUCCACUAUUAUCCAAAUUUGCUCGAUACGACAAGUUAUGUUGCUCAAAAUGUAAUGACUGAAAAUGCGUAUGCCGACAUUUGGCAGUCAGUGCAGCAAAUGUACGGAGAGGCAGUAGAAAAUAUGCCAGAAGAUGGCGAUUUGCUGAAAAAUUUGAUUAUCGUAACGAAAUAUAUUGGGUUGAAUCACAUCGAUUACUGCCAAUUGUUGAACAAUAUGUAUCGUUUAAAUGACAAUUAACUAAUAUUAAUAAUAAUGAGAAAAAGGAAUUUAUGUAUGUACUAUGAAAAUUAUAUCAAAAUUUGGACAAUUAAAUAAAGAAAGAAAUUAUAUUUAAUAAUUAAUUAGGUGAAUAAAUUUAAUAUGUA